AUGGUUUUCUUCAUGCAGGCCGGGUUCGCCAUGUUGGAGGCGGGUAUCGUCCACCCCAAGAACGUCACCAACAUUCUCUUCAAGAACAUGAUCGACGCAUCCAUCGCCGCCAUCUGCUACUGGCUCCUUGGGUAUGGGUUCGCCUUUGGUAAAGACCGUGAGGGCUUUAUCGGAGAUUCCAACUAUGGGUUGAGAGCUGUCUAUAACGGCUCAGGUGGUGGAGGAUCAGAUAACUGGCAGAUGUGGUUCUUCCAGUGGGCCUUUGCGGGAGCUUGCGCUACGAUUGUUGCAGGAUCAGUUGCAGAGCGCGCGAAGCUCGAGGCGUACUUCAUCUACUCGACUGUCCUCUCCACCUUCAUCUACCCCGUCAUUGUUCACUGGGUUUGGGGAUCUGGUUGGCUCUCCGCCUGGGGUGCUUACCCUGACUCCCAAGGCAAUGCCCGGCCAAUCUUCAACCGUGACGAGCGAUCCAACGGCAUGAUCGACUUCGCUGGCUCUGGCGUCGUGCACAUGGUUGGAGGAUUCUGCGGCCUGAUCGGCGCCAUCGUUAUUGGUCCAAGGAAAGGAAGGUUCGGCCCCAACGGCGAAGUCCACACGCUCUUCGAAGGCAACACCACCCUGCAGUCUCUCGGAGUCUUCAUCCUUUGGUUCGGAUGGUACGGGUUCAACUGUGGGUCCACCCUCAAGAUCUCGGGCAACCUUGCCAACAUCGCAGGCAAGGUUGCGAUGACCACCACCAUCGCUGCUGCUGCCGGAGCCAUCGUUACAACCUUGCUCUCCAAGAUCGUGACUGGGGUCUACGACAUCUCCAUGGGCCUGAACGGGAUCCUUGCGGGCCUCGUUGCCAUCACGGCCUCUUGUUCAGUGGUGAAUCCAUGGAUGGCCUUCCUCAUCGGAGGUGGCGCUGCCUUCGUGCUUGUCGGCGGCCACUACCUCAUCCUCAAGCUGAGGAUCGACGACCCCUGUGAUGCCUGCGUGGUCCACGGCUUCUGCGGCCUUUGGGGAAUCCUCUGUGUUGGCAUCUUCUGCACCGAUGCCAAUGUUCAGUAUGCUGCGUACCCCAAUUUGAAUACAGCCUGUGGAAGCGGCGAACAGUUCGCUGUACAGGUGGUGGGAGCUCUCUGCAUCAUCGCCUGGGUUUGCGGCACUUCAACAUUUCUCUUCUUGUUCAUCAAGUACACUGUUGGUUUCCGUGUCUCUGAGGAGAUCGAGGACAUCGGGCUGGACGCGUCUGAGCACGGCUUGAGCACCAUAUUCCCCAAGGCCGAGCAGGUGAGUUGA